AUGCUAGGCAAGCGUUGCGCGUCAGAAAUGGAGGCCUGCUUAACUGAGUACUAUCGCCAGGAGUGUCUGCGUGCUUUGUACGCCAAGCAGGAGCGGCCUCGCAAUUGUACCUGGGUCAGGAAGGACAUGAUGGCAAAGCCUUCGCGGAGAGCACGCAAGGGCGUGUCGUUCGCCAUGGUCCCGGAGAUCAUUGGUAGCGCCGACGCCGCCGUGGACCGCAGCCCCAUCGAUGUGUCUCCCAUUUCUAAGCUCGAGCUGAUCGUGCUACUCUCGCAGCGCACAUUCCCUGUUCAGGCCUAA